UCCCAUUUGCAGGUGAAGCUUUCUGUAUCUAUCAGUAGCCAGUACCUGACUGCAUUGCUCAUGGCCGCUCCUUUGGCUCUGGGAGAUGUGGAAAUUGAGAUAGUAGAUAAAUUAAUUUCUGUUCCUUAUGUUGAGAUGACAUUGAAACUGAUGGAACGCUUUGGUGUCACUGUGGAGCACAGUGGUAGCUGGGACCGAUUCCUGGUCAAGGGUAGUUAAAAAUACAAGUCCCCUGGAAAUGUGUAUGUUGAAGGCGAUGCAUCAAGUGCAAGUUAUUUCCUAGCAGGCGCAGCAGUCACCGGUGGCACUGUCACAGUUGAAGGUUGCGGCACAAGCAGUUUACAGAUCUUACAAUCAGUAUUGGACAUGACUCCAUUUACAUUCAGCAUCAAACUGGCUGCAGUUGCUUCUCGUAAGGAACACAUAAAUCUGGAGCAAUGGCUGAACGAAAAUCUGAGCACAUACAAGGAUACUUAUUUCAAGGAUUGUCUCAGGUUCUUAAAAGAAAUACCUUCUGCAGCAACAAAUGAUGCAUCUGCCAAUCCUUUCCAACAUUCCAGCUCUAUCAUAAAUCUUUAUCUAGAGACAAGUUCCACUCUUUUGAAGGUCCUUCAAGCCCAUUCUGGCCAGCUCAUCUCUCACCAACUUUCUGAGGAAUCGAGAAGGUUGCAGGCAUCAUCUGUGCAUGCUAAUCUAAGACUACAAAAAGGUGGAGCUACAGAUUCAUCAACACAUGAUGCAUCAUAUCUGAUUAUUCACUGGCCUCUUUAG